AACUCUAAAACCACAUUCCCUCCAAACUCCAAAAAUCCCAACGGUCACCUCGGAAGUAUUAGAAAACAGUCGAACAAGCCCUUUCUUUUUUGACUGUUUUGUCCUCUUUUCACCCCACUGCCCACUACAGACUACACCUUAUUUCUCUGUUCCUUACACGCUCCUCUCCUUUCUCUCCCUCCUCCCAUGUCCUAAAAACCCUUCAAAAACGCCAUCCAUCAUCUGUUUUUUUUUCCCUACUUUUUGCUUCCACAAAUACUCAAUUUUCCCACGUUUGAAAUCAAGAUUUAUCAAAAAUAAAAUAUGGGUUGUUUUCUUGGGUGUUUUGGGUCUUCAAAGAAUGAGAAAAAGCGCAGUAAAAUUGCUCACAAUCAUAAUAAUGUUGCUUAUCAGAAUCCAAAUGUUGGAUAUCAGUAUAAUUCUAUACAUCAAGCUGUUGCAGCAGAACAGGACAAUUUAGAGCAAAAAGUUUCACCUCCUGAAUCUAGGGUUGAUUCAGAGGUGCAACAAUUGAGCUUGACAAACCAGCCAAAGCAAGAGGAACAAUUGACCUUAGGUGCACAAAAGAAAGUGACUUUUGAUUCAAAUGUUAAAGAAUAUGUUCAUAUUUCGUAUGAUGAGGCACCAGAACUCAUACAGGAGAUUGAGAAAGAUAAUGAGAAAGUGAUAGAUGUGAAGUGCACGGAACCAGGCAAAUGCUCUACACCAUCAGAAAGUGGUUCCACCUUGUCAAGCUUGGGGUCAUACCCUCCAAAUCAUAGAUACGAAAAUUGUAGAGAGAGUGAUGAUGAAGCUGAAGAGUUAGACUGUGAAGUAAGUGAUUUGGAUGAGGAUGAAGAUGUGUACAAUGAUGAUGUUGAUGAAGAAGAGCGCUAUGAUGCAGGAUACAGUGAUGAUGAAUAUCCAAGACAAGUGCAAGAAAGUCCAACUAGGUCCGGUUCUUCUCUGGAAUCGGGGGCUAAAAAUUCAGUUGUACGUGUGGCUAAUGACAGGCAUGGCGGUGAGUCCAUAGUGGAUCACGGAUCCCUCUAUAAAGAUUUAGAGACUCCACCAGGGUUCUACCGUGGUGCACGAGACAGGUCCGGUUAUGUGCAUUCAGUGCUAAAUCCUGUUGAGAAUACAACUCAGUGGAAGACCGUGAAAUCUAAGCAAACUCCUCAACUAAGACAACAGAAGGAGAAUUCCCAGAUUAAUGAUCCAGGAAAUAACCAUCCAUUGGCGGUUGACACCAGUCUAUCGACAUGGUUGAUUUCCUCUCAGAAAACACCCCCUAGCAAGGAUAAACCAAGUGAUUUGGAUCCAAUAUCAUGCUGGACAAGUGCAUCCUCAUAUGGGUCGAAUUCAGUCACAAGUCAUCAAGAAAGACCAAUAUUCGGCGCAUUGACUGUAGAGGAACUCAAGCAACUCUCUGCCUCAUCUCCACCGAGGAGAUCACCUUGUCGAGGCCCAAAUGAGAAGCCAUUGGUAGGCACUGUGGGAGUACACUGGAAUAACGGAAGUGACAGGACUCCUGUUGAAUCCUCAGGUUCGGCCUCUUCAUUCAAAGGCAUACCAAACACGACUAGCAAAUAUAGAGAGGAUAAAAGGGUUAAUUGGCAUUCCACUCCAUUUGAAACCAGGCUGGAGAGAGCUCUGAACAAAGGUGCUGCUGAUUCGCGCACAUAGCGAGUCGUGUGUUAUUAGAUCUUGUGUCCAUGGUAUUGAAGUGUUAUUAUCUUCUUCUUUUGUUCCUUGAUAGUGUGAAUUUUUCGUGAGGCUGUGAAUAGCUUUUACUUGUUUAUGGAUUUGCUUGUUGGUUGUAAUGCCUUAUCGUUGUUCAUUUUUUAUUUGUUCUAUACUUCAUGUAAGAGUGCUGCAAAAUUGUCUAUUAUUUCAGUGAAAGAAGAAAAUGAAAAACACAUUGCUCUUCUCUCCAA